GUUCUCAACAAGAGGACAACCUGGCUGAAAACAAUUAAACAAGAGUUUAAACGUGAAAAAGAUCACCUCCAUUCGACCCAGCAACCAUGCAGUGGAAUCUAUUUCUGUUUAUUCUCACAACUCAGCGUUGUUUCAUGGACUGUCAGCUCUAUGAGUUUCACUACAUUAAUGAGAAUAAGAGCUGGACUGAAGCUCAGCAGUACUGCAGAGAGAAACACACUGACCUGGUCACAGUGACUAACAUGAAGGACAUGGAGAGACUCAUCGGGAACUCACCAGGAAAUAUGAAGGAAGCUUGGAUUGGUCUGUAUGAUCAAACACAUGGUACCAGAAAAUGGUUCUGGUCUCUGCCUGGAGUGGAGUUUGAUGAAAGUGAGACAAACUGGAAUCAUGGGGAACCCAAUGAUGCAGGAACUGAGAACUGUGGGAUUGUAUGGAAACAUCUCCAGUGGGGAGACGUGUCAUGUAACAGUCCAACACAAUUUAUUUGCUAUGACGACAACAAUACUUCAAAGAAAUUCAAUUUAGUUGAAGAAGCAAAGACCUGGCUGGAAGCUCAGAGUUACUGCAGAGAGAAACACACAGACCUGAUCAGUGGAACGAAGCAGCUACAGGAUGAUGAGCUGAAGAAGAUGUUAGAGUCUAAAGAAAAUCAUCAGUAUAUGUUCAUGGGCCUGAUCAGAGACACGUGGAGGUGGUCAGAUGGAAGCAGUUUUUCUUUCAGACACUGGAAUAAAAAGUUUGAUGAUGAGCAAAACAACAGUGGUCAAUGUGCCGUGACUGUGUUUAGUGAUGGAGGCAGAUGGAGGAAUGAGAACUGUGAUGAGAAAAAACCCUUCAUCUGUUAUGACGAUAAAGUGAUCCUUAUCAGUGAAAAGAUGAACUGGCUGGAUGCUUUGACCUACUGCAGAGGUCACCACCAUGAUCUGGUCACCAUCACCACCAUGGAUGAUCAGAGAUGGAUCCAGGAGAAAGUCAAGAACGCCUCGACUUAUUUCGUCUGGUUGGGUCUGCGCUUCAACUGCAAACUGAAAUUCUGGUCCUGGGUUUGUCGUGAGGCUAUCGGUUACAGAACCCAGACGUCAGGACAGACGGACGGCUGUAACGUGUCUGGAGCCAUGGAGACAGGAGGACGACACAUGUGGUUCCAGAGAAACGGUGGAGAGGAGCAUAAUUUUAUUUGUUCUAAGAUUUAAACUAAAAGGUUUAUUCUGCUCUUCUCUUCCAAGCAGGAGGUGGAGCAGUGACAUGCUGUAGUUGAGUUCUUUA